AUGAAGUUCAAGAUAAAACUCAAGAACCCACUGCGCGGGGCAUCUGCCGCGUCUUCCCGCGGCGGCGGCGGCGGCGACGGCGACGGAGCUACACCGCCGACGUCGCCACGGCUCCCGGUCGCACCGCCGCCCGCGUCGCCCUCUCUCGACGCUUGGGCGCCUCCCACCUCGGCGCCCCCGCUUCAGACGCCGGGACCCUCGCCGCGUCCCGCCGGCAAGGAUACGGAUGAAGGACCGGACGAUGAGGAUUGGCAGGAGGUGGAAGAUGAUGAGGUGGAGCUGGAAGAAGGGGAGAUAGAAGAUGAUGCUGAUCCAGGGGAGGAAGAAGAGGAUGAUCAGGAUUCCCAAGGAGGAUCACUUCCUGAACUUCCACUCGGCACAGAAGAUUAUCCACAAACCUUGAGCCAGUUGCUGGUUGGGGAAACGUACCCCGAUGCUUAUCUGAAAAUGGAAUUCAAACCACCAAUCAACGAUCGUGUCGUCACUGGUGGUUUGCGGUGUCCAGAUGCUUAUUUAGGACGUCCGUUGCUGCAUGGGGAAACGUACCUCAAACCACCAAAGGACCAAUUCCGGUGUUCAGAUGCUCUUCCGACAGUGUUAGGACAUGUGGAACAACUCUCGGAAUUGGUUCGUGAAUCUCCAGAUAACUUCAUCAUCCAGGAAAAGACGAAGAUUCUCAGUAAGCAUUAUGUGCGCUUCAGAAGAACUCUGCAAGAUGGCAGCUGUUUUUACAGAGCUUUUAUGUUCUCCUACAUGGAGAUCCUUCGACACAUGCAAGAUAAACAAGAUGAGGUUACUCGUCUUAUCGAAUGUUUGGAUCUCUCUAAAGAUAGAUUCUCUCGUCUUAGGUGGCACAAAGCAGACUUCUCAAUAGAUCCUGAAAAAUACUUCUCAAGAGUUGUUUCUGAGCUCGAGGAGGUUCUCAACGUCAUUGCAGCAGGCUGUACUUCUGAAUGGCUGUACCAGAGAAGCCUGCAGGAGUCCUUUUCAGGCAGGGUUAUACCUCUCCUCAGGUUGCUUACUGAGACUGAAAUCCGUACAGAGAAGUUCUACAGGCAAUAUAUCCCUGAAAAUCUGAGUGUCCGCGAGUUCUGUAGGAAAGCGGUGCAAUCCCUGGAUGCUGAAGCUAGCACUAUACAAAUGAGGGCUUUAACAUUCGCACUUGGCAUACCGUUGCGUGUUGAAGUUGUGGACAACAGCUUGUCGGAUCAAGGUGUGUUAGUGAAGCGCCUCGAUUUCUUCCGUGGGACAGAUUGGGACAAGGGCCCUCUCCGUUUGACUCGGGGCUACCUUUCUUCGCGCACAGCUCCUAUACAGCUGAAGCAGGGAAGCUACGAUGCCGACCUGCUAUCUCCUGAUGGCACACCCAUGCUGACCUUGCUGUGUAGGCGUGGUCACUGUGACAUUCUUUACCGCAAGUGAACAAAGUAUGUGAGUUCGCUCGCUCGCUCGACAAAAACUACGUCCGGGAUGAUUAUAUGGAAACCUAGUAAUCGUCUUGUAUAGUGCGGGUGGCCGUUUGUCGGUCUGCUCCCUAACAACCUGUGAGUGAGUACUUCUGCUACAAGGUUUACCCUGAAUGACAUGCCAUGCUCUGCUCCUUUAUUUUCUUGUUCUUGCUGAUGCUGUUGUUAGUUACACCUGUAUUUGGAAGGAAGCUACAGAAUGGAAGAUAUGAUAGGCACGUAUGAAGAAUUGUCGGGAUACUGUUUUUUGCAAAGAUUUGCAACAUCAAACCUGGCUUAUAUCAGAUUCCGUGACUUGUGUACUUUAUUUUUUAACAAGCAAUUUUGAUAUGAGCUUGACUUGCUAAUGUGAAGUCAAGAACUUCUUUGAAACCAAACCUGGCUUAUAUCAGAUGAAUAGAUCAUCGACUGUAAA